AAGGUAUUCUAAUUUCGUGACAUACAUAAAAUGCAAUGAAGGAUUUGAAAUAGCAGAGAAUUUGGUCAUUGCAUUAUUUCAACAUAACCAAGAUCCAUUCACCGCCCAGUUAAUUGCUCGGCUUUACAUGGAGCUCAAAAACUGGAAUCUGGCAGAAAAAUAUGCAAGAAUUGCAACUUCAAUGUAUUCUACCAAUUCAUUUUUGUGGGAUACUUACAGCCAAGUGUUUAAAAACCAGUUACAAGACAAAAUUGUUACUGAGAAUUCUUUAGAUAAAGGAGGUUUUGAUGAAAGUGAUAUUCACGAAGUGAUCUCCCUAUCUAAAAAAUGCAUUCAACGUUUCAGAAAAGAGCAAAAAGCAAGUGAAAAUGAAUCCAGUACUGAUGGUGAAAACAACUUUGCCGGCUACUUUGGUGAAUUGAGAGCAAUUGUUCUCCUCUUAAGUGGUCUUAAGCAAUUUCAAGCAUCUAGGAAAGUAGAUAUUCUGCAUAAAUAUUUAAUAGAAGAAAAUUUUAAACAUCCAGCGUUUGAUUUUCUCACCGAUGAAGAAUCUGAUUUUAUAAGAAGCCUUGGAAAAUUUUCCCAAGAAGCAAUGCGUCGACUUGAUGAGGAAUAUCUUCAAAUGAAAGAAACUGCCAGUUCUGAGUCUUCAACCCAGUCAUUUGAAAAUGGUAACAGGUCUCUCUUGAUUUUGAAAGUUAAUAUUGAUUCCUACUUUGGAGAGGCAAAUAAGAAUCCAUCCAGGAGUUUAAGUGAAAAGGAUAAGAGCAUUUACAGAUAUCACACGGCACGAUACCUGGGUGCUACAUCCCUGAACAAUCUGUUACAAAUGAAACAGAAUGGAGAACAUAAAAAACUCAAACAAAUAUAUCGCCUUUUACAUGAAAAUGUAAGCAUGGAUAACAGUUCUUUUGAUAAUUUACUUGCUUUAAUGGACACUGUAACGGUGAUGUUAUUGGAUCAAGUUAUCCAAGUGGAUUUAAAGUACGAACAGAUACUAGAAUGGUGCAAACAGCUUCGUAGUUUGGUAAAAACUAAAUCCGUGGACAGAAUCUAUCUCGAGCCAUACUUAUAUUAUGUUCUUUUUAACUUUCCUACCGAGGAAAGAUCGUCCCAUAAGCUAUGCUUACCUCUGGAUUUAUCCAGUACUUUGGAUCUAUGGCAUGACGCUUUCCAAAAAAGUAUCCCAUCCAUGGGCAGGAGCAAACAGUUACAAGAAAAGUGACGACCCCAUUUUUUCUGGGCAAUGGUGGACCUCUGCACGACAUAAGGCAUUAUACGAGUUUGGAGAUGAUGAAAGACUAUACACUUUUUGAAAAAUGGCAGCUCCCGGGUG